AUGGGCUGCGCUGGAUCCACUUCCAAAGUCGAUGAUAACAGUAAGAAGCUGAAAAAGCCCAAGGCUUGGAAGCACACUCAACCAAUUACACAACCACAACUCAAACAGAUGCGUGAUGAGUUCUGGGACACAGCUCCGCACUACGGUGGCCAAAAAGAUAUUUGGGAUGCUCUUAGAGCUGCUGCAGUAUCUGAUUUAGCCCUUGCACAAACCAUAGCGGAUAGUGCUGGAAUCAUCAUUUCAAAUCCUGACAUGACACUUUGCUACGACGAGAGAGGUGCCAAGUACGAGCUGCCUAAGUAUGUUCUGAGUGAGCCAACAAAUUUGAUCCGUGAUGGUUGA